AUGGCCACUGCUCUGGAAGAACUUCCAACUCUCUUCCAUAAAUGUAUAAAUAAUUUUUGCUAUCAAUAUAUGCUUCCAGAUUGCAGAUGGUGUUGCGAAGAACGUUUUGGGGAAAUUGAUUCUUUGGAAUGGCGAUAUCACUCGUAUCAAGGUCGACGCGAUCGUCAACGCGGCCAACAGUCGCCUUGCUGGAGGUUCUGUUUUUUUUUUUUUGAAUUUCCGUUUCAAGAGAUUGAAAAAAAGAUGUGACUUAAGAAAAAUUUGAAAAGGAAAAAGCUCCAUUAAAUUUUUUUUUCAUAAUAGCAAGUUAAUCUAGACCGACGUCCCUGAGAAGGAAAAGUGAAUGACCACCUCGGAAAGUUUUCUCGAACUCUCAACCAAUCCUUAUAGAAAAGUCACGUGAUUCAAGAACGAAAUAGAAAACUUUGAUAGCUCGUCAUAAUUAAUUGCGCUUCGUAUAUUGAAAAAUACAGAAGGAAAAUGCUGAAAACAGCUUCUCAUCAAGAAAAAAAAAGAAAAUAGUAUGUUUUACACUAAUUAUUCAAGGAGGCGGCGUUGAUGGAGCCAUUCACAGAGCCGCGGGACAUGCGACUUUGCAAGAAGAAUGUCGUAAAUACUCUGGAUGCAAAGUUGGAAAGGCUGUAAUCACAUCAGGAUGCGGGAUAAACCAUAUAAAAAGUUUCCACAGCAGUCGAUCAAUACUGAAAUAAUAGUCUUUCAGAUAUUAUUCACACUGUUGGCCCUCAGGUUUAUGGAAAACUCAGUGAAAAACACCGAGACGAUCUUAUAUCAUGCUACAGAUCCUCACUGGAACUGGCUGUUGAAAAUAAACUCAGUUCAAUAGUGAGUUUUUCUUUCCUUCUUACAGGUUGUUUUCGGCUCUUUAACGCGCUCUCCAAUUCCCCUCGUAUAUUUUCAGGCUUUUUGUUGCAUUUCCACGGGAGUUUAUGGAUAUCCUCACAAUGCUGCUGCUGAAGCUGUUACCGAUUUCUUGACGAAUUGGCUGGAAAAUGACCAAAACAAAGACCAGGUUUUUGUUUCUAUUCUUAUAUUUCAUUUUUAUGUAUAGGAUUAUGAAGAUAAAUCUACAUUCAAGUUUUUAUAGAAUAUUUUUUCAGAUUUUUCCAUCAAAAGUUUCCAACCGGGUCUCGAUUUUUUUUAAAUAUUCAAUUUAUGAUUUAUAGAUCAGCCACGUGGUGUUGGUGACUUUCAUGCCGGUCGACCAGCAGUGCUACGAGAAAUAUUUCGACGAGUUCGCUGCCAAAUUCAAAACAGCUUGA